AUGUCCGUCCGUCUGUCCAGGGCUCUGCUCGCCCCGCAUUUCCAAGCGCCCACGGCCGUGGGCGCUGCCCUGCUCAGCCUUGGGGUGCUGCUGCCCACGGCUGCCCCGCACCCAGACAACACCACUGCAGCCAAGCUGCUGGGGACAUGGCUGUACGUGGCUGGGGCUGCCCAGUUCCCCCAGCACCUCCUGGAGAUGCUGCUCAUCGACCACGGCUACCUCCAGGUGGAGCCCCACACCGGGGGGCAGGAGCUGCUCAUCACCCAGCACGUCGCAGUGGGGGACCAGUGUCUCACCAACAACUCCACCUACUUUGACAUCUCCACGGGUAACAGCACGCUGGUGAAGCACGCCAAGACCCAACAAAUUGUGGGGACACUGGUGAACCUCAGCACUGAAGAUGUUUUACUCAUCCAGCACCAACUGCAGAGAGAAAGGACAUAUCUGGGACUGUAUCUCUACGCCCGACAGCUGAGCAUGAGCACCUCGCACCGGGAAGCGUUCGAGCAGCACGCCAGGGGCCAGGGGCUGGGCGCGGAGGCGAUCGUGUACGCGCCCUGGAGCACGGAGCUGUGUCAAGUGAAAGAGAUGGGAAAAGGAAACAGCCCACACAUGGAGCCCACAACUGUGGGCACAGCACCACCUCCUCCAGGUACCCAGCAGCCCAGGAGCACAGACAACUAAGCCCGUGCGAGGCAGUAAGUGCCUUGCUCAAACUGGCUUCCUGUUGUCGCCAAGAUGUUGGAGAGCAGAGGUUCUGGAGGGAGCAGAAACGGGGCUUUCAAUAAAAAACAAACCCACAAAUGGAACAACCA